CUUGGCAAAAGGACAGGAGGAAGAGUGCCUGAGAGGCAGAGGGACGGCCUUCCCUAAAAUGGAGAAGACAGACGCCAAAGACCAGUCCUUUCUGCAGAAUGAAGAGAAAGACGCUCCCAAGAGCCAUCCUUACUCUGUGGAGACCCCGUACGGCUUUCAUCUAGACCUGGACUUCCUCAAGUACGUGGAUGACAUUGAGAAGGGCAACACCAUCAAAAGGAUUCCCAUCCACAGAAGGGCCAAGCCGGCCAAGUUCAGCACUCUGCCCCGCAACUUCAGCCUUCCAGACAGUGGGGCUCGCCCUCAUGCCGCUCUGCCCCUGCAAAGCUGGUCACCAGCCGGAUCGAGGAAGGUACUGCUGGGGACGCAGGAGCACACCCAGUCCCUGGCCCUGGGGGAUCCCCUGCAGGCUUCAGCUGGCAACAGUGCAGUGAGCUACCACAGGAAGGCCCUGCUGGCAGAGGCCAGCAGACAGGGGGAAGCUCCCACUCCUGAAAACACGGAGAGUGCACGACCCCACUUGCUGAGAGCAUCCAGCAUGCCGGCCACACUGCUGCAGAGCAGGGCCUCAGAGGAGUCGAGCCUGAGCUCUGGCCCUCCCAUCGCUCCUGCCCUCCCUCCUCUGCCAGCUGAAGGCAGUGUCUGUGACAUCACCCUUGGCUCCCUGGAAGGAUUUGCAGGUGUUCACAGCUCCAACCCUGGAGCAAUCACCCAAGCAGAGGUUGGAGAGUCGGCACACCUGAAGCCAGGAAUUUCAGAGCUGGUCCUGGAGGGGGCUGGGACUACUAAAAGUGACAUGACAGCUGUUAAUCACCUCUCUUUCCCAAGUCCUCCCUCCCCAGUCACCAGUACACUUGUAGUCUUAGAGGAUGCAGAAGACAAAACCAGAGAAGCCGAGAUGGUGUUUAUUCCUAGUUCCCUAACACCAAGCCCUCCACCUCUGCCAUCACCCAUCCCUGAGAACGAGCUCCCCCUAGAAGAGAUUGAGCUCAGCAUCAGUGAGAUCCCGCCACCGCCACCCAUAGAAGUAGAGGUACAAAGCAUUGGCAUUUGGGUAACAGAGGAAAGCUUGGGGCUUGCCAGGUUGGAUCAUGGCAGCAUUUCCAGCCUGAAGCAGCAGCUCUUAGACUUGGAGAGUGAGUUGUAUGGAAGAACCAAGGAACUGGCCCAAGUCAGAGCUGCCCUGCAGCAGCAGGAAGAGGAAGCCAGGACUAGGGAGCAGAGAAUUCAGGAGCUAGAGUGUGCCGUAGCCCAACUUGAAGAUCAGCUUAGUCAAGGGAGCACCAGAGAUGCUCCUGGCCAGACUGAUGCUGCCAUGAACACUGACCCUCUUCAGGGACUCUUGACCAAGGAGUCAUGCGACAAGAGCAUUGGGGCCAACCUUCUGGGCAUCACAGACUCGGAAAACUGGGGGGUCAGGGGAGAGGAGACUGUUCUCCUAUGGGGACCAGACAGUCAGUUUGAAGGGGACCAGCCCCCAGCAAAGCGGGUGCUACCCUCCCAGCUCUCACUGCCGCAGGGACCUGAAAAGGUCCUCGCCUCCCCUUUACACAGCUGCCUCUCCACCGAGCUGAGGAUUGAAGAAGGAGGCUUUGAGCUGGAGGGCAGCCCGCAGGGAGGAGCUGAAGGCCUGGCCUGGGAAGCACGAGGCUGUCCACAGAGCAACGACAGAGAGGCUCCACCUGCACGGAGGGAGGAAGUCAGCUCUGAGCUCCCUGGCAAGGAGCACCCAGGAAGGCCACCGAGCUCGCCAGUGGAUGCCACGAUUGGGCAGUAUGUGAAGAAAAUCCAGGAACUCCUGCAGGAGCAGUGGAACUGCCUGGAGCAUGGGUACCCGGAGCUGGCCAGCGCCAUCAAGCAGCCAGCCUCCAAGCUCAGCAGCAUCCAGAGCCAGCUGCUCAGCUCACUCAACCUGCUGCUGUCUGCCUACUCGGCCCAGGCUCCACCGCAGAAGGAGCCCCCAGCCUCCUCCCCGCCGACGGAGAUCUCUCCGUCGACCAGCCUUAAAUCCAUUAUGAAAAAGAAAGACUAUGGCUUCCGUGCAGGAGGUAAUGGGACCAAAAAGAACCUUCAGUUUGUUGGGGUUAACGGUGGCUACGAGACCACCUCCAGUGAGGAGACCAGUGGUGAGGACAGCUCCCCAGAGGACUUGUCUGACAAUGAGGCUGAGAGGAAGCGUGAUGGCCCAGAGCACCUGCGAGCCAGGAAUGCCCACUCAAGCUCUGAGCCUGGGAAGGGUGCUCCUGGGGACACCAGCAGUGCCGGGCAGGAAAGGGGGCCUGGGGAAGAAGCCCCCCAUGCCAAGGCUGAGAGGGAUCAACCCUCAGAAGAGUUUCUUACUGCCUGCCGGGCCUUGAGCCAACACCUGUCAGAGACCGGGACCAUCACCGACGGACUCCCGAAGCAGAGCCUGAAUGCCAUCAGCCAGGAGUGGUUCCGUGUUUCCAGCCGGAAGUCGUCCAACCCUGCAGUGGUGGCUGCCUACCUCCUCGGAGUACAGCCUCUGUCCCCGCAUCUCCUGAAGCUGCUUGUCAACCUGGCUGACCGCAAUGGGAACACGGCCCUUCACUACAGCGUGUCCCACGCCAACUUCCCCGUGGUGAAGCUGCUGCUGGAUACAGGUGUCUGCAAUGUGGACCAUCAGAACAAAGCUGGCUACACUGCCGUGAUGAUCACACCCUUGGCUUUGGCAGAGACUGAUGAAGACAUGGCUGUGGUCUGGAAGCUCUUACGAGAGGGAAAUGUGAACAUCCAGGCUACCCAGGGGGGCCAGACUGCACUGAUGCUGGGAGUCAGCCACGACCGGGAGGACAUGGUGCAAGCUCUCCUGAACUGCCAAGCUGACGUCAACCUGCAGGACCAUGAUGGAUCAACAGCCCUCAUGCUGGCCUGUCACCAUGGCAACACCGAUCUGGUGCGGCUGCUCCUGGCACACCCAGCUUGCGACAGCAAUCUGACAGACAAGGCUGGCCGCACAGCUUUGUCCAUCACGCUGCAAUCCCCUGGCCUUGUGGAAAUAGCAGAGCUUCUGCGAGCCCACGCGGAGCAGGGCAGGUCCCUGGAGCUGUAGGGAGCACAGAAGAACCAGCGAGGGAGAACAAAAGCUCCUUCUCCGGACCCUCUCCCUCGCCCGCCCUCGCAGAGGACAGGGGUCAGAGCCAGCGGCCGCCCCUGCAGAGAAACAGCUAUGUCAAAUAGGCACAUACAUUCCUGUUGUAUAUUCCGCUCUUUAGGAUGCUUUGUAGCCCGUGCCUCAGGCCAAGCCCAACCCCAACUUGGACUGCAGAGCGGGGUGGGGUGUGUGGGCUAGACAUUGGUGUUGUCCAAGAAUCCUAAACAUCUUCCACCUUGAACUGCUCAUGAGCGCCCUCUGCCUCUAGAACCCCGUGUAGCAGGCGCGCAGGCGCACAAUUAGAAAAGCAAUUCUUUCUACAAGGGCUUUGAAAGUGCAGCAUGGUUUUGGUGAUUUUGCACGUAUAUCCAGCUAUGUCUUACUGGAUCUGCACGUCUGGAGAGGAGGAGCAGCCUCUGGUGAGCCCAAGGACUAUCGCUACACUGAGGGGCUUGCUUUGGAGGGGCCUGGCAGAGAAAACCUUCAAUUCCAACAAGGUAGGAAGAGACAUGCUGGCCCCGAUGCCAGCUGCACAAUCGUGGUUAUUUUCGCAUCAUCCACGGCUCCAGUUCACUCCCAGGACAUGUGACUGACUGUGCACACUGCACAGCCAGCAAUACCAGCUCCUCUGAGCCAGGGAAAGAAACAGCUCAGGAUGAAGCUUUCUGCUUCCCAGGAAUGGGAUGUCACCUGCACGUCACCACCUCCCCUCCACAGCUGUGAUGGUGUCCUCCUGUAAUCCCUGGGGCUUCCUCUCCCAGCCCCUG